GAAAACCUAAUUGUGGAGGAACACCGGAAUUGCAAGAUUUCUCACGCAGGAAAUAUUUUCCUGUGGGGUCAGUUUGCUUGCGCUGAAAAAGUUGAAAACAUCAAGCUUUUUACUGGUAAUGUCGUGGGAGUAAACAGAGACUGCACAUUUAACAAUCAUAAAAUGACACGGGCAACACCUACUCAUCUAAAUCUCACUGCAUACGGCCCAUUUACAGAGGGCCAGUUGAAGGAGAGGCUGAAGACUACUCCACAGAUCCCCUAUUAUUGCAUAACUGUAUUCUAAAGAACACCCUUUUUACAUGGCAAAAUUGUGCACUUUUACCUCCCAUUUCCUCGCUCACAGGCAAUUUUUCUUUGCUACGCGCACAACUUUUCCUAAUAAGCUUAUUAGCAUGUAUGCCAAGGAAAUUGUUUACCCACAUUGAAGAACGUGACAACGCCUCAUGGAAUACAAUUAUCGCAGCACACAGAAGAUCCGGGUAUCCUCACCAGGCAUUUCACUAUAUGCACCACAGGUUUCCAACCCAAUAAGUUCACAUUUGCUAGCGUGAUCCCAGCCUAUGCCUAAAUGGGAGCUUUGGAACAGGGUAUGGGUAUUCAUCAAAGCAUAAUGGAAAGAGGGUUUUUGUCAGAUAUUGUAGUUGAGAAUUGUCUGAUAGACAUGUAUAUAAAAUGUGGAAGAAUGGAUAAGGCAAGGGAACUGUUUGACAAAAUGACUUUAAGAUAUGCCAUCUCAUGGACUGCAAUCAUUGCAGGAUACAAACAAAAUGGAUGUGUUGGCAAAGAUUUAGAAAUUUUUAAUCAAAUGCAAUUGGCAGGUGUAAAUCAGAAUUCCACAACCUUUGCCAGCAUCCUACCUGCCCGUGCCAACGCCAAUUUGGGAUUUUGGAACAGGGUAUGGACAUCCAUCAAAGCAUAAGGGAAGGGGGAUUUUUUUAUCAGACGUUACAGUUGCGACUGCCUUGGUAGACAUAUAUGCAAAAUGUGGAAGCAUAGAUAAGGUAUGUGAAUUCUUUGACAGAAUGCCUAAAAGAGAUGUCGUCUCAUGGAAUGCAAUGAUUGCAGAAUAUGCACAACAUGGAUUUUUUGAUAAGGCUUUCGAAACUUUUAAGCAAGUGCAAUUGGCAGAUAUAAAACCAAACUCCAAAAUCUUUGCCGGCAUCCUCCCUGCCUGGGCGAAAACUGGAGCUUUGGACCAGGGUAUGGAUAUCCAUAACAGCAUAAUGGAAGGGGGAUUUUGGUUAGAUAUUAUGGUUGGAAACGCUCCGGUAGACAUGUAUGCAAAAUCUAGACGCAUAUACAAGGCACGUGAAGUGUUUGACAAAAUGCCACAAGGAAAUAUAGUUUCGUGGGCAGCAAUGAUUUCAGGAUAUAAACAAAAUAGAUUUGUUGAAUCUUCUAGAAACGUUCAAUCAAAUGCAAUUGGCAGGUGUAAAGCCAGACUGGACUAUCUUUGCCACCUGUCUACGCCAAAACGGGAGCUUUGUUUGGAACAGGGAGGUCAAAAUCAAAAGGAUUUCCCAGCCUUACUGGAAAUUCACGGGACAAGAUUUAGUUGAAGCGACAGCCAAUUUUAGCGACAGGAAAGUAAUUGGGAAAGGCCGAUUUGGAACAGUUUACAUGGGUAUCCUCGCCAAUGGCCAAGCAGUGGCCAUAAAACGGAUGGAAUUAUCACUCUCAGAGGAUCGUGAUUGUUGUCUAAAACAUUUUUUGUCAGAGCUCCAGAUUUUGGGGCAGCUUCGUCACAGAAAUCUUAUGAGAAUAUUAGGCUAUUUCUUCAAUGGUCAAGAAAUGAUAACUGUCUCCAAAUUCAUGCUUAAUUUUAGUCUAGAUGUUCUGUUGCAUCGUACGUUGAAAUGCACAUUGGAUUGGAGGCGAAGGUUGAAUAUAGCCGUUGGCGUGGCGCAUGGGUUGGCUUAUCUUCACCAUGAGUGCAGGAAUACAAUUGUGCACUGUGAUCUGAAACCGGGAAAUAUACUUGUUGAUGAAUAUCUGGAACCCCAUAUUGCUGAUUUUGGCGUGGCAAGGAUUAUGAAUAAUAAUGAGCUCACUUCCAGCUCUUUAGGCUCUGGCUUUACAAUUGGGUACACAGCACCAGAGAAAGCAUAUCAAGUGAGACUUUCUCCUAAAGUAGAUGUAUACAGUUAUGGAGUUGUACUGUUGGAAUUGAUAAGUGGUGUAAUGCCCACAAGUUCAAGAUUAGUUGACAUGGGUCUCACCCUUUCACAGUGGGCAAACAAGGCAUAUACAGAGAACAACUUGAUAGAGUUUAUUGAUGACUAUUUGAAAAGUUCUUUGAGGGAUGAUCAGAUUUACGAUGCAAUGAAAAAAAUUAUAAAAUUAGGAAUCAUUUGUACACAGGAAAAUCCAGAAAAAAGACCUCAUAUGAAAGAUGUGGUUGAAAUCUUAAAGAAUAUAAAACAAGAAGUCAGAGAAUUCAAUAUACCGAUUUCAGUACUGAUAGAAGAAGAGCACCAGCAUCGUGAGACUUUAACCUCUUCCUCUAUGUCUUCCACUCAGUAAAGUAUAAAUUUCUGUUCUACAAUAUGUAAUAAAAUCUGAUCUACACUUAAUGACAUUUAAUUUUCACAAUCUAUAAUAUUAAUUAUUGUUGUA